AUGCCUUUUAAAGAUUUUAUGGAAACAGAGUUCUUCCAGAGGGAACUGGAUGACACAAAAAAAAGGGUGGAAGAGAAGGGACAGCAAAAACGAAAAAUUCCUGAAUCUCCGCAUGUAGGUCACCUGUGUCGGUUUUGUAAAAUGGAACUCAAACAAGCCCAGUGCAAUAGGCCUCUGCAGGACUAUGCUCAGGAGGUUGACGCCAGGAGGGCAUCAGUCCCCGAGGUGCUGGUGAGUGGCUACCUAAUGCCUGGGAUGGACAACCCACCAUAUUUUCAUGAGCGGGAUGAGUUGGUUUAUCAGCCGUUCCCACAGUUAGUGGAACGGCUGCAGCUUCGAGAGGGGUGUUACAAAGACUCCUCUCCCAGCUGUUUGGGUCCAUCCCAGAGGACCAUGUGUCCCUCCGCCGCUGACGGACCUCGGUGGCAAAAGGGGAAACAGGAAUCCUGGGGGUCCUCUUCUGAGGCCUCCAACCCAGAGCCAGAGGCGCCCUUCACCACAUUCCUCCAGCCGACCACCAGACGGGUCAUCAUGCAGAAAAGGGUCAUUUUUUUUCCUGGAAGGGUAAAGGUUGCGUUCCGUAAGGGACCGCUGGGAUAUCUUCUGCAGGAUCCAACUGACCAGGCGAGAACAAUAAAAUACAACCUAUCUUUGCAGGACAAGUCGGCACCAAUUAAGCUGGAGCUUGUGAGACAAAAUGCUCUGAAUGUGGUCCGUCAAAGAGGAGGUGAUGCCUCAGACCAAAAAGAAGUUUUUGGUGAGUACAUCCUGCAGUUUGGGAAAUACAAGGGGAAGUCCUUCCGGUGGCUCCUUGAAAAUGAUGUGGGGUACACCAUCUAUCUGAUGAAGAACCUUCAGCAAGAAGAGGCUGCAGGAGUCACAAUGACCGAGGGGCACAGCAAGAGCAGCCUGGUCUCUUUUAUGCAGUACGCCCACAGCUUUGAGGAGAUUCUGUCUCUUUUACAUUACACGUCCAAAACUCCAGCUGCAACAGCGGCAUCACCAGGCGACGAUCAGCUGGUUGGUUUCGGAGCUCGUGCCAAGAGUACAUGGAAGGAGAUUUGGGACGGCAGAGCUGAUGGUUACGCGUCCUUUGUAAUGGGGGCUAAGUGUGUCCGAGGGACACGGAUGCAUAAACUGCAACAAUACCUGCUGAAGCAGCAGCAGUCUGCCCGUCCGCAUGUUCCUGCCACAUCUGAGCCCACAGAGAUGGAUGAAGACGCUGAGCUGGAGACUGCAAUGCUGAACAUCACCCCCUCUAAGCUACUGGUGCAGUCGCCAGCAUCAUCUGCGUGCUCAGCUGCUGAAGUGAAACACUCCACAGAAACAACGACAGUGUGUUGGCCGUGUGUCACUAACAAAUCUGUGUGCUGUUGGCAUUAUACUAACUGUUCAAGGGGCUAUGAAUUGAUUCCCCCACCACGAUGAACUGAUAAACCCCCAUUCUGG